CAACAAAUAUUAGUAUCGAUAUAUUGAUGUAUCAAUAUAUUCUGAACGUUCAUCCCUAAUUAUGAGGUUGUUGCUGUGUGGCGGCGCUCCCCUCCAAAGCGCAAAGCGGAAUCCCAAUUGAACGGAAAUUUUGUCUUGUUUCCUUUUCUUCUGUUCAAAUAUAACAAAAUUUUUUUGCUGUUAUAAUUUUUUUUUCUGUUUUUCGGAAACGCAAAUGUUAAGAGAAAUAAAAGUGCGUGCGCGAGCCAACGAGAAAACGUAGAAAUUUAAUGUGAAAGAGAAAGAGCGAAGGAGAGAGCAAAAAUUGUAGGCGAAUCAACAAGGAAAGAAGAAUGAGCGAUGAUGAGGAGAAAAAGCAGUGGAAGCAGUAAAAUAAACUGCAAAAACUGCUUGUGAAGUGACAACAACAAAAGCAACAGCAGCGACAAGAAAUACACACAUAAAAAACAUAAAUAAAUACAAUAAAUACACAACAAAUUUCAUAAAAAGAGCGCAAAAAAACAGUGGAACCACAGAAACAUCAACAAAAACAACAACAAAAUUACCUCAAAAAACAAAAAAAAAACUGUGAAUACACACAAAGGCACACACACAAAAGCGCCUGCCUAGAGUCUGUGCAGGUGUGUUAGUGUUUAGAGAGAGGAGAGCGCGUGUCUGUUUUAUUUUAAUAUUUUUUUUUCGCAUUGUGAAAAACGUUUUUUUCUUCAACAAAACAAAAAACAUUUUAAACUACGACAACAACAAGCAGAGAAACCAUCAAGCAAGCAAGCAGUUUUUGCACCACUUGACAGAGGUUCCGCCCUCCCCCCAAACAACUCCAUAUGCAAAAUGUCUAGUCCUGACGACAGAAUACCAAUACACGAUCUGCCACCAGAAGCCGGAAGCGAUGAACGAUUGCUGCAUAUAGGGCCAGUCCCGUUGACAUUGGAUUUCAAGCCCCAUCCAGCGGUGGAUAUCGAUCAGCAGAUCAUGGAGCUUAAAAAGAAUCAGGAACUGCAGAAGCAACGUCUGAUCCACUCGUUUCAGGAGAAAUCGAAGCAAAUGGAAUUGGAGCAUAAACUGCAAUUGGAGCACAAGUAUCAAUUUGCGGUGCACUCCCAUGGAGCCUUCCAGGAAUUGCGGGAACAGACCAUGGUAACGGCCGCCGCUGCUGCUGCCGCCGCAGUUGUCGAGGAGCACCACCGCCAGCAGCAGCAGCAUCACCACCACCACCACCAUCAGCAACAGCAGCAGCAGCAACAGCAGCAGCAGCAGCAGCAACAUCAUCAUCAGCAGCAGCGCGAGCAGCAGCAGCAGCGGGAGCGCCGAGAGCGGGAGGUCAUGAAGCGGAAGGAGAACUGCAGCGCCAACGCCAGCCCGGAGGUCAAACAGAUUCUCAAUUGCUUCAUUAUGAGCCGCAAGUCGCAGGCAGCAGCCUCCAAUGGAACAACGACAACGUCGCCCUAUCGCAAUCGAGGUGUGGUGAAAAGCUCCUCGGGCGAGUCCCUGCCAGCCGGAACCGUGACCAGUGCGCACCCCUACAAAAUACCUCAGCCGCCCUCCUCACUGCUCAAAUAUGAAUCUGAUUUUCCGCUCAGGAAAACAGCAUCCGAACCCAACCUGCUGAAGAUCCGGCUGAAACAGAGUGUCAUCGAGCGCAAGGCCCGUAACGGAGGCCCGGCAGGUGCCCGUCGCCACGAGCGACUCCUGCAGGCGGCCCAGCGCAGGCAGCAGAAGAACUCCGUUCUUACAAACUCCAACAGCACGCCGGACUCUGGCCCUAACUCUCCGCCCUCGUCCACGGGGCUGUCGGUGGGCGUGGUCGGGAGCAGGGGUUCCCCGACGAGUGCUCCGAUCCAGGAGGAGAACGAGGAGGGGAGCCAGUACCAGCCGGGGCAGAGGAGCAGCAUCAACGACCUGCCCCUGUUCAGCUCGCCCUCCCUGCCCAACAUAUCCCUGGGACGACCGCAUUUACCAAACUCCGCCCAGGUGCAGGCGCAGGCACAGGCACAGGCGCAGGCACAGGCACAGGCGAGUGCCCAGGCCCAGGCGCAGGCGCAGGCGCGGGCUACGGCGAUGUUCGCGGCACUGCACCAGCAUGUGGCGGCCGCCGGGGGCCAGCCGACCUACUACAAUCAGCUGGGUAUGUCCUUCGUGGGACGGCAGCCGACUGGGCCGCUGGCCAUGAUGCCGGCCACGGGCAUCGCGCCCCAGCAGCCCUCGCCCGUGGUCAGGUCCGCCUCGGCGACGUCUACGUCCUCGUCCCAGGCCUCCCUGGUGGGGGAUGUGGCUCCGCCGCAGGCGCACGCCGCCUCCACCAUUCUGCCCUCGUCCUCGUCCUACAUGCAGCAGCUGGGGGGAGUGACCGCCGGCUCCGCAGUCAAUCUGCAUGCGGCGGCCGUGGCUGCAGCAGCAGCGGCGGCGGCAGCAGCGGCCGGCUCCCUGCCCCCCACCAACAGCCACGGACACGGGCAUGCCUAUGGUCACGGUCACGGCCAUGGACACGGUCAUGGACACGGGCAUGGUCAUGCUCUGUACGGCGGACACCCGCACAACACACCAAUCACGGAUGCACAAGUGGCUCAGGUGCAUCUGCACAAGCAGGGCCACCGACCCUUGGGCAGGACACAGUCGGCCCCGCUGCCCCUGGGACAUCCGAUGCUGACGGGCGCCGGGCAGCUGAAUGUGGCCCAAACGCAUUACGAGAACAGCGAGGCGGAGCGUCAGGCGUACCAGCAUCAGGUGCUCACCCAGAAGCUGCGCCAGACCGUGCUCACCCGCAGCGGAGCUGCGACGGCCGCUGGAGUGCGCGAGUCCCAGCUGAAGGAGGAGGAGGACGACUCCGCCGCGGAGGUGAUGGACCUGACCGAUAAAAAGAAACCGCCCAAAACGGUACUGACCAGCACCAUAGCCACCAGCACCUCACAGAGUCUGCCCGAGGCUCUGGCCGCCGCAGCAGCAGUCUAUCGCACGAGCCCUUCAGCCGCCACCACGCCCUCAGCAGCGGUGGCCGGCGGGAGCGGGACCAAGGUCAAUAGCCUACAGCGGGACCAGGAGUACCUUCAGCAGCAGCGCGAGCUGCUUCUGCUACAAAAUAAGGAGGAGCUGGCCAAGCGCCUGAUGCGGCCCCUCUCUCGCACGCUGAGUAGUCCGCUGGUGCCACUCGGACCGCACGGCCUUAGCCAGCUGGCAGACACGGGGCAAGGCCAAGGGCAGCAGCUGCCGCCAAUAGCCACCUCCUCGUCGGCGGACCACAUACCGCCCGUCAACCUGACGCUGCCCCAUCGCCAGCACCGACAGUUCAUGAAUCAUUUCUAUACCGCCAACCUGCAGCAUCAGCGCCAGCAGCAGCAGCAGCAGGAGCAACAGCACCUGCAACAGACGCCGCCGUCCGCCUCAUUGCCCCCGCACAAAAUCACCACGGGCCUGGCCUACGAUCCGCUGAUGCUGAAGCACUCUUGCAUCUGCGGCGACAACGCACAGCAUCCGGAGCACAGCGGCCGGCUGCAGAGCGUGUGGGCCCGGUUAAACGAAACGGAUCUGGUAAAGCGCUGCGACCGACUGCGGGCCCGAAAGGCCACCCAGGAGGAGCUGCAGACAGUGCACACGGAGGCGCAUGCGAUGCUCUUCGGCUCCAACCAGUGCCAGCUGACGCGACCCAAACUGGAGACCACGCUGGCCGCCAGCUUCGUCCGCCUCUCUUGCGGGGGGCUGGGCGUGGACCUGGACACCACGUGGAAUGAGCACCACACGGCCACCGCCGCCCGCAUGGCAGCUGGCUGUGUGAUCGAUCUGGCCUUCAAGACGGCCAAGGGAGAUCUGCGCAACGGAUUCGCCGUCGUCCGGCCGCCCGGCCACCAUGCGGAGGCCAAUCUGGCCAUGGGCUUCUGCUUCUUCAACUCGAUCGCCAUCGCCGCCAAACGGCUGCGCCAGCAGAUGCCCGAGAUGAGGCGCAUUCUCAUUGUCGAUUGGGAUGUACACCAUGGCAAUGGCACUCAGCAAGCAUUCUACCAAAGUCCCGACAUUCUAUAUCUUUCCAUACAUCGACACGAUGACGGUAACUUCUUUCCCGGCACAGGCGGACCCACAGAGUGCGGCUCCGGUGCUGGUCUAGGCUUCAAUGUGAACAUCUCGUGGUCCGGGGCCUUGAACCCGCCGCUGGGCGAUGCCGAGUAUAUCGCUGCAUUCCGAACCGUUGUGAUGCCCAUCGCCAAGGGCUUCAACCCGGACAUUGUGCUCGUCUCGUCCGGCUUCGAUGCGGCCACCGGCCACCCGGCACCACUGGGCGGCUAUCACGUGUCGCCCGCUUGCUUCGGCUUCAUGACCCGCGAGCUCCUCCAGCUGGCCAACGGCAAGGUGGUGCUGGCCCUCGAGGGCGGCUACGACCUGGCCGCCAUCUGUGAUUCCGCCCAAGAGUGCGUCCGAGCUCUGCUCGGCGAUCCCGCCGCGCCCAUUUCCCAGUCCGAGCUGGAACGGCCGCCCUGUCAGAAUGCCAUCAAUACGCUCCAAAAAACGAUAGCCAUUCAGCAAACGCAUUGGCCCUGCGUGAGGAUGCUGGAGCAUACUGUCGGCCUGUCUGCGCUGGAGACGCUCAAGGUGGAGCACGAAGAAUCUGAAACGAUCAACGCCAUGGCCGGCCUCUCAAUGCAAUCGAUGCACAGAACCCUAUCGCGCGAUGACUCCGAAGAACCGAUGGAUCAGGAUGAAACGAAAUAGUCAGCGGCGGAGACGUGGACGUGGAUAAUUGAAUAUGGAUACGUGGGUGGCGUGAAUGGCGUGAAUUUCGUGUAUGACGUGGACGGCGAGGGCAUGGCUGCUGCAACAGGCUGCUCAAUGCACACUUAGUUAUUUGUUGUAGUUGAAUUGAUUGUUGUUGCUGUUGUUGAAUUGUUGUAGCGCUUCUCGUUGUGGCCAGCAGUGUCUCUGUCCCUGUCCCUGUCUCUGUCUCUGCCACUCCCCGGGACUCUGUCUCUCUCUAAGUUAGAACGGCAUCCCUCUCCCUCUAGUAAACAACCAAAAGCACAAGGCGACGCAACAAGCCGUAGAGCUCCCACCACACCCCUCCCAUUCCCCCAACACCCUUAGCAUAGGAAAAGCAAAAGCAAAGAAUUGAUCAACGAAUGUGACCUAGAUGUGAAAUGAAUGCAGAAAAGCGGAAGCGGAAAUGAGGCCUAAAGUUCAAAGUAGUGGCUGUGCCACGCAAAGAAAAAAAAAAAAAAGUGAAAGUGAAAG